AUGGAGCUUCAUCUGGUUUACUCCAACCAUUCACUUUUUUUCUCAAACCAGUCAUCAGCACCAACUAUUCUUGCUAAACCGUCAUCUUCCUCUUUCUUUUCAGCAGUAGAGCUCGUUGAAACUGUACGUUUUCUGGAAAGUGUUGACGCCCUUGAUGGUAUUGUGCGUGAAGUAGGAGUUGAAGGCCUUGUCGAAGAUGUCGAACAGGUUAUUGAGGAAGAUGGUCUAAUGGUGAUUGCUACAAUGAUGGGUUUGGUUGGGUUUAUUGAUUUCUUUUCAGGCUGUUUAAUUGAGAUAUCUGGCAGAUUUGGUGUCACCCUUUAUUGUUGGCUUUGUUGCAAUACCUUCAGUGAAGAUUGUUGUAAUUCAAAGCCAACUCAAAAUGUUGCAGACAAUAUAGUUCUCUGCGGAGUCGAGCAUUGCCAAAAUCCAUCAGUAUGGCAAGUGGAAGUUGAGGUGGUUCUUGAGCCCGAAUCCAUACCAUAUAACAACAACAGUAUCAUCUCCAAGGACAAGUUUUCGUUUGAGUUGAUUGAUGCCGAGUGCGAUGAGGGACGGAGAAUGAAGACAUUUCAGCAAUGGACAACAGGGCUGUUUUUGGGACUGGUUUUGGACAUUUUUGGGCAACAUGUACAGGCUGUUUGUUGUAGCAGGAUGGCAGGGCUAGUUUUGCCAGAUUUUAUGGAAAAGAUGAUGAAAUAA